CAUGAAACAAAACCAGAACAUGGUCUUSMAWUUUUUKGUGGUAGUGUUAGUAGCUGAUGUUCCAACAUCCAGUUCGUUCGUCGAACACUUCCGAAAUUGUAGGAUAAGAGGAUCAGGAUUCCCAAAAUUUGGUCGAUUCGAUCGUCAUAAAUCUACGAUUUUGAUGACACAGCGAGGGGCUUACGACCAGAGAGAUCAAAACGAAGGAAAYGGAGACGAAAUUUAUCAGGAGAGGACGAAUGGCAGGUAUAGCAACGGCAAUGAUGCGAAUGCUCUCGGACAAAACAACACAAACUCCAGAUUCAACCAGGAAGCAGAUGUCCGAACUGGUAGUUUCAGCAACGUGCGACAAGCAGAGAGUGAUGGCAACCAAAAACCGUUUAUCCCGCCUAGGCUCAGCCAGAGUCCCGAUCGCGCAAUCAGCAUUGUAUCGGAACUGAAAUCGAACGCCGCGUUGUUUGCUGCCUUUGCCUACGGAUCGCUCAAUUUACCCGGCACACUAACGGUAUCCGAAAGCAAAGUCACAUCCGUUACUACUUCUCUUUCUGUUUCCAGGCCACUACCAGACUCGGACCUCAUUAGGACCUUUGUUGUCCUCGAUAUAUCCACACUUUGUCUGAUGAUUUCGUGUGUUGCUGCCUCUCAGUUACUCAUCUACCGCUUGACCGAUGGAAGCUACGAAGAUGUGGACGAGUUCAGCCUACAAGAUGAUGGGCGUGACGUAGAGUCAGCUAGUUACAGAAAGAAGAAAAACUCGAGAGAAUCAGCACUGGGGCGUCUAGUGACAACCUACCGAAACGAGUUCACAGUGGCGCGGAUCACAUUCGAYCUCGGAUUGGUGACCUUGUUGUUGGCGGUGGGAGUGAGAUCCUUAGCCAUUUUCGAUGAGGAUAUUGUCGUGCCCGUGGCAUUCGUUUUAGGUCUAACUUCCAUCUUCUUGGCCGUGGCAUAUUUAACCACCUACGUCGAAGUAUUUCGGACCGCGGAGAACCUACCCGAACGUCCUCUGUUCUCCAUAGCAUUUCCAUUCUUGACGAAGGGUAGCRAGAAGARAACUGAUGAGAUCAAGAUUGAUGCCGUUGACAAGAGUUUAAGYCAGAUGAUCCCUCAGAUUGUGCUGCCUGUUUCUUUGACUUCGAUUGGAUUGGGGCUCUUUUUAGGUCUCAAUGAUGGGUCUGGUUCCUCUGAGUCCAAUCUAUCUCGCCUAGGUCCCUACGACGUAACCUCGGGAGCAACUAAGUUACGUGUGGUUACGGASAAGAUCGAUUCGGAGAAGGCAAAACUGGACGCAAAAGCAAAGAACCAACGCAUCGAGGAACAAGAACAGCUGCGGAAAAAACGAGCCGAACGAAGGGCCGCUGACACCAGAAAGAAAGAAAAAGCAAAGCGGKCAUCGGUAAGAGCGGAAGCCGAAGCUGCGAAGAAGAAAACAGCCGAGGAAGAUGCUACGAAGAAGGCCGAGGCAGAAGCAAAGAAGAAGCUGGAACAAGAGGCGAAACAGAAAGCAGACGAAGAAGCAAAGCGCAAGGCAGAGCAAGAAGCAAAGCAGAAGGUAGAAGAAGAAGCCAAACGCAAGGCAGAGCAAGAGGCAAAGCAGAAGGCAGAAGAAGAAGCAAAACGCAAGGCAGAAGAUGAGGCGAAACUGAAGGCCGAAGAAGAGGCCAAAACGAAGGCAAUGGAAGAGGCAAAGAGCAGAGCUGAAGAAGAAAUGAAAAGGAGGACAGAAGAAGAGGCGAAAAAGAAGGCAAUGGAAGGAGCAAAUGCCGCUGCCGAGGAGGCAAAGAUGAAAACAGACGAAGCACCGCCAUCGGUAUCAGYAACCGCAAAAACCACACUCUAAAUUUCAAAUGGAGCGAUUAGAUAGAUAGACGAGAAAAUACAAACCGGAAUCCCUA